AUGGUCACCAAGGAGUACCUCGACUCGGACAGAGUCAACUUUCUCGUCUGGAGGUAUCUCUUGGAAGGCAACUACCGAGAAACCGCAGCCAAAUUCCAGAAAGAAUGGCACAUUCAGCAACCUCAUCGUCAUUUUGAUUUCGCAAAUCACGUCAAGAGCCACGCUUUGGUGUCCGUCAUCAACAAAGGCCUCUGCUACCAUGCCCUCGAGAGAGAGCAUGCGAAGAAAUUGGUGCCUCCAGAUGCUGCGGCUGCGGCCGAAGCACUGCAGGUGGGGUUGUUUGGGCCAUUGAUCGUUCAACCGCCUCAAAAGAUUGAGGAGGAUGAGGACGCAGAUGGCGAGGUGGACGACACAGAGAUGGAGGUCGAAAACACUCGGAAACGCCAAUUUGACAGCCGGCCACAACAGCAGCACAUGGUGAAUGGCGGCUCACCCAGCAAGCGGCCCAGGCUUAGCAAUGGGUAUGAGAGCACGAACGGGGCGGAUGCAGCCACGGACCCCAUGGAGCUAGACAGCCACGGCGACAACAACCACGCCUAUCCGUCACCUCUCGAAGGCGAGCAAGCUCCGACGCCCACCCCGAGAACAGAUGGCCCGGAGCAGGGCACGCAGGUCGACAAAGUCGAGGAAUUGGCCACAGAGACGACCUUUCUGCGAUUAAUGCCCGAUGACAGCAGCACCAGCGCCGGUGCCACCAACAACGCUCGCGACGGCGGCGCUGCAAGCGCAGGCGGCCCCGGAGCUUCGCCCUCGACAGCCAACGGUGAAAACGCACCCAUCCUGUUGCGCUGCGAGUGGAACCCAAAGGACCCAUCAAUCUUGGCGGCUGCUGGAACCGAUGCGCUAGCCCGUAUUUGGACCCUCUCACGUUCAAGCACAAUGACGCCUACUCCAGCUCCCGAACCCGACGGUCACGUGCAUGGUGUACAUCGCCCGUUUCAUAGUCUCAUCGACGACGAGACUCCCAGGACAGCCACAGUAGGUCAACUUGCUUGGAAUAGUGGGGGAACGGCCAUCGCCAUUGCCAUCGAACAUGGCGACAAGGCGUCUGUCCACAUCUGGGCAAAGGACGGUUCUCAUGUCGACAAGUUCGACGUCUCGGACCCUCCCGUGAUCAAGCUCCGUUGGAGCCCGAGCGACGCAGCCCUUCUCGCCAUUGCGCCCGAUAACAGCAACGCAAACGGACCCGGCGGCGCUCUGGUCACUGUCUAUCACUCCCUAACGUCCAACACAUUGUCCUAUUUCCUGCCAAAUCACGACUUGCUCAGCUGGCCACUGGAUGCUGCGUGGACCAGCGAAACAGAGUUCCUCCUCACUGGCGGAGAUGUCAUGUUGUCACUGAAGUGCACGGAGAUGGCCAUCGUGCCGAACAAGAAGUUGGAGAGCAGGGAGGACGACACGUUUACUCAGGUUGUCUAUGACCGACGAUCAAAACUUUCCGCAACGGCGAGCGACAAGGGCAUCCUGGAUCUUUGGGACGAAGAUGGUCACCGCCGGUCAAUAACGGCCCACUCUGGGGCGAUCACGGCGGUACAGUGGCAGCCCCUCCCGGACGAUGCCAACGUGCCGGAAGACGAGCGGUUGAUCGCAUCUGGAGGCGAUGAUUGCGCCAUCAUUAUUUCCAACGCCAAGGACCCUGAGCCAGGAAAACCAAGGUCCAUUCUGACCAUGGAAUCGCCCAUUGUAUCGAUUGCAUUCACACCAGAUGGCGCCUUCAUCGCCGGAGCCACGGCUGGUCGGAUUCUGAUCUGGAAGGUUGGUGAGCAGCACACUAUGCCAAGGGCAAGUUGGAGCAGAUCGCCGCAUCCCGGAUGGCUCAGCCCCAAGGCGAGCUCGGAGCCAGAGGACGAGGAUGAGCACUGUUUGUGCUGGGACGCUGACGGACAACGCCUCGCAUAUGGAGCUAACAGCAGACUGGCUGUUAUCAACUUCCGUCGGUAG